CAUUAGAAAUCCAGCCCAGAAUACCCACUUCGGGUCGUCUGCUCGGCCGAUCUCGCGCAGCGCCGGCGCCGGCGCAUCCCUGAAUCUGAGCCCCUUUCGUCUUGCCCAGCCUCGAGCACGUCCCCCUUCCCCUCCUCUACCCUCCCUCCAUUCGAUUCGAGCUUAUCGCUAGGGUUCCUGACCCCGCUCCACCUUCUCCCAUGGCGGACGAAGCCAACCGAACGGCGUUCAUGGAGCUGCAGGCCCGGAUGUUCGAUACCACCGGGAAGAUCAAGCAGUUACAAACCCAAAUGCGUUCUAAAGAGGGGGAAAAGAAGCGUGCUUACCUCACUCUGGAGGAACUCCGCCAAUUGCCAGAUGACACUAACACCUACAAGACUGUUGGAAAAGUGUUUAUUUUGGAGCCAAAAUCAGUUCUUUUGAACGAGCAAGAGCAAAAAUUUAAUGAAAGUGAGAGCGCGAUAGCAUCAAUGCAGACUUCGAAGGAAUACCUUGAGAAACAGGUGGGAGAAGUGGAGAACAACAUCAGAGAGCUGCUUCAACAGGACCCGGGCCUUGCACGCCAGAUUCUCUCGAUGACUGUCCAAUGAGAGUUGUUUACGCUGCAUUUGCAUAUGAUCAGGUGUAAUUUUACAAUUUGAUCUGUCUGCAAACUCUGCUUUCCCCUUGCCGUACUGUGAGUUGUGGGUGGUGUUUUGCUGCAAUGGUCCGUUCCAUGUAUGAACAAAAGAAUUUGCAGUUGCUUCCUGCAAUAGUUUUAGUUUGUUGACUGAUGCUGAAGCGAACUGCUCUUGCCGC